UAUUAAUAAAAUUAUAUAAAAAUAAAGAAAACCAUAAAAAAAAAUACAUAAAAAAGAAAAAAAAAAUGAAUUCUCAUGAUGUCUAAACGGUUAUAAUUUUAGAACCAAAUCAUGAUACGAAUCAAUUAAUAACACCAUAAUGUUAAUAAUUCUUAUAUCUUUUACAUACUCAUUUCAACUCUAAAAGAUUAUCUCUUUUAUAAGCCCGUAAAGAUCUUCAAAAAAGACUUGAUAAUGGCUAUAAGCCUGGUUUCCCAGAAGAAACAAAAUAUGUGAGAGAAUCAGAAUGGAAAGUAGCUCCUCCACCAAAAGACAUAGAAAGACGUUGGAUAGAACUAACAGGUCCUCCAAACCCUAAAAUAUGUAUAAAUGCCUUAAACUCAGGAGCAGAUGUAUUUAUGGCAGAUUUCGAAGAUGCACUAAGUCCAUCUUGGCUAAACUAAAUAAGUGGUUAAAAAUGUUUAAUUGAAGCAAAUUUAAAAGUAUUAAAACAUAAAGAAAACGGAAAAGAAUAUAGUCUUGAUCCGAAUUCUUAUACGGUUCUUUUUGCUAGAACUAGAGGUUGGCAUUUAGAUGAAGCUCAUAUUUUGGUAAAUGGAUAAGUAAUGUCAGGAGCUCUUUUUGAUUUUGGUAUUUAUUUCUUCCACAAUUACUAAGUUAGAUAAAGAAUGGGAUGUGGAGGAAUUUAUUAUUAUUUACCAAAGUUAGAGUCUUAUUUUGAAGCUAGAUUAUGGAAUGAAGUUUUUCUAUUUGCUUAAAAAUACUUUAAUGUUCCCAUAGGAACUAUUAGAUGCACCGUAUUAAUUGAAACACUUGGAGGAGGGUUAUAAAUGGAAGAAAUUUUAUAUGAAUUAAAGGAUCAUAUUGUAGCUUUGAAUUCAGGAAGAUGGGAUUAUAUUUUUUCAGCUAUUAAACUUCUAAAAAAUCAUAAAGAUUGCGUUUUACCAGAUAGAUCUUAAGUAACAAUGACAGUACCUUUCAUGAAAGCUUAUGCAAAUAAACUUGUUUAAGUUUGCCAUAAAAGAGGUGCUCAUGCAAUAGGAGGAAUGAGUGCUUUUAUUCCCACAAAAAAUAAAGAAAAAAAUGAUUUUGCCUAUAAUAAGAUAAGAGAAGACAAAAAUAGAGAAUGUUCUGAAGGAUUUGAUGGAAGUUGGGUUGCACAUCCUGCAAUGGUUAAAUUUGCACGCGAAAUAUUUUAAUAGUACUUAAAAGGAUAAGCCAAUCAAAAGCAUGUUUUAAGAUACGAUUUAAGAGUUACAUCUGAAGAUAUUAUAAAUUUAAAGGUCGAAAAACCUAUUACUGAGUAUGGUGUAAGGGAAAAUAUAUCAAUUACUAUUUAAUAUAUUUAUUAUUGGUUAAUGGGUUAAGGUGCUGUUGGAAUCAAUAAUUUAAUGGAAGAUGCAGCAACUGCAGAAAUUUCCCGUUCUUAAAUUUGGUAAUGGAUCAGACAUUAAGCAAAAACUAAUGAUGGAAAAGUUAUCAAUAUUUAAUAUUAUUAAUAAUUAAGAGAUUAAGAAGUAUCUAAUCUAAGAUAAAUUCUUAAAAAUAUAAACGUCCUUAAUAAAGCAAUCAAUAUUACUAACGAUCUUAUUUAAAACUAAGAAAUGAAAGAAUUUUUAACUAUUGAGGCUUAUCCAGUAUUAAAUGAAAUAUAUAAAACAUAAUAAUCAAAAUUAUGAUAUUAAAUAAGGAAUUAUUAUAAAUGAAAUUGAUUUAUAAAUGAGAUUUAAAAUUUUAUAUUUAUGUUAUUAAUAAAAAAUUUUCUUAAUAUUUCACAAAAAAAAA